CCACUAGUCACAUGUAAGUCAUGUGAUAUUUUUGUUCGCCCCUGUCGCUGUUGCUGCUGUGUACUGGAUGAAAGUCUUCAUCAUUAACUAUGGCUAUAUUGUUGAAGUCCACCCUGGUCAUUUUAUUGGUCAGUGUGGUCAGUCAAUCACACCAGUCAGCAUUGCGAGGAAUGUUUCCCAAAAAAUAUCCACCAAUGAAAAGAAAUGGUGUUGAUCCUGGGGAACCCCUAUUUCUAACUCCCUAUCUCGAAAGCCCAAACACAGCCCAGAAGUUGAGCCUUGUCGGACCCCUAGAGGGCACCACUCUCAAGAGCCACUCCGGGUUCAUCACUGUGAAUAAGACAACAAAGAGUAACACAUUCUUCUGGUUCUUCCCUGCUCAGGAGGACCCCCUGAAUGCCCCUGUGGUACUAUGGUUACAAGGAGGUCCGGGGGGAUCAUCCCUUUUUGGUCUGUUUGUGGAGAAUGGACCAAUCAUGGUCGACAAAUCUAUCAAAUUGAUGGAGAGAAAGAUAACGUGGAACAGGAAAUACUCCAUGUUGUAUGUGGAUAAUCCGGUCGGAACAGGUUUCAGCUUCACAGGUGCUGACGCUGGGUACGCCAGGAACGAAGUGGAUGUGGCCAAUGACUUAUAUAGUUUCCUCCAGCAGUUUUUCCAGAUCUUCUAUCAGUUCCAGAAGAAUGAUUUCUAUGCUACAGGAGAGUCUUAUGCGGGCAAAUAUGUGCCAGCCAUUUCCUAUAAAAUACAUACAGAAAACCAAGCGGACCGGCUCAAGAUCAACUUCAAGGGAAUGGCCAUCGGUGAUGGACUCUGUGAUCCAGAAUCAAUGAUGAAUCAGUAUGCAGGAUUCAUGUACAGUAUCGGAAUGUUGGAUGAAAAACAGAGGGACUACUUUGCGGGAGAGACUCAGAAGGCUGUACAUUUCAUAAAAAACAAGCAGUUUGGUGACGCCUUUAAGAUAUUUGAUACUCUGUUGAAUGGAGACCUCACACCGUACAAGCCCUAUUUCUACAAUGUGACAGAGACGACCAACUACUAUAACUUCCUCCUCACUCAGGAACCGCCAGAGUUUAAUUUUUACGGAGAUUACCUGGCUCAGCCUGAAGUACGUAGGGCCACCCAUGUAGGUAACUUAACCUACAAUGACGGAAGAGCUGUAGAGAUGCAUCUCAUCAAUGACGUAAUGGACACGGUUAAACCGUGGAUAGAAACUCUUCUGGACAACUACAAGGUGAUGAUCUAUAAUGGUCAGCUGGACAUUAUAAUUGCUGUACCACUGACCGAAGCCUUCCUACUUAGUACGAAAUGGUCUGGGCAGAACAACUAUACAACGGUUGAUCGCAUGGUCUGGAAGCUCAAUCCGUCGGAUGUGGAGGUUGCCGGUUAUGUCAGGACAGUGGGAAAAUUUAACCAGGUGAUUGUACGUGGGGCGGGUCACAUCCUGCCUUACGAUCAACCAGAACGAGGCUUUGACAUGAUCCAGAGGUUUAUAGAAAACAGAUCCUUCCAUUAGCGGCCGAUUAUGAAAUGCUGAGUGAUGUUAUUUUACGACAUCAGAUUGAUCAGAUGAACAGCUGUAACUUAAGAUGCUCCCUGUAAUAUGUUAACACAUUGUAACCUGUCUAAUGAGAACUCUGAUAAUCAGGAAACCUGUAUAAACACUUAACAAGUAACUUAAGCUGAAGGUCCCAGCUUGUGUCUCUGUAGAUUGAACCUUUCUUAUCUGGAAGCCUGUAUGAUACGGAAACCUCGGUGAUCUGGAAACUUGUAUAUUCCAAGUACUUAAUUGGUUGUAGAGAUGUUCCUACUAGACAGGUAACAAUGUGAUAUUGUACUAGUAGGUAACUGUUGCUGAGGGGAGAGAGCAGGGGGUGAGGGAGUGAUUUAACUUAAGGAUCCCUGUCCCACUGACAAAGGGGACAGGGAUAGUUAAUAUAUGUAAUGAAACCAUGAUUCUUCAUAAUUCCAACUGUUUUGAAUGCAGUGAUUUGAUACAUGCUUUUUUUAAGAUUUUAUAGUUUAUAUUGAAAUAUACAGUGUUGUUAUCAAGAUGAUUUUGAUAUAUAUAUUUAUGUAGCUGAUCAAUGCUCAUAAUGUACAUAAGAUUUGGUGUGGUUUAUGUGGAACAAAGACCAUCGAAGUCGCAGGAAAGAAUGACAUGAUAAUUAUUCAUUGCAAAACUCUGAAACCAAGCAGUUAGGUUUGACACACCUCCGGUUCAAAUUCUGCGACGUCCUAACUGUUUUGAUAGGUGAAUGCAACCGAACUGUAAUAUUUAUUCCAUUUAGUCACACAGCCUUCAGCAUCAUUCCUUUGAUAACGCGAGUGCUUAAUGGUGACACAUUGGACAGUUCAGGAUGGUUCAUACUUUUCAUUAAAAAAGAUCAUGUUGGACAAAUAGUUUCUUUUCGAACAUAUUUUCAAUGUUAACACAAUGAGAAGGAAAUAGGCUAAUAAUGUCUUGUUUGUUUGGUUACUCAUUGAGCCCUCUAAAAUGGUGUAGCUUGUGAUGAGAUGUGCCAUUUAAUACAUCUUUAAGAUGUCCUCAUGUUGGCUUGGCUAGUGGUAAGGGAUGGCAUAGUAAAGAUAUCCCUUUUUGCACAUAAUAUCAAAUAACAAGAUUAAUAUGUCCAAAAUGUGAUAUGGUCAUUGUACCUUAACGUAAUACUGUACUUAUAACCAUUCAGAUUGGCAUUCUCCUCAAUCAUGCUUUUAGUUUUGACAGGUGUUUGUGUAUUCAAUAUGUCUAAUACUGCCUUGGGAUAAUCUAUAUUCAUAACUUAAUGCAAAUCUGAGUGAGGAAUUUCUCACAAGUGGUUUUUAUCAGAUAUGUAUUGAAGCAGUGUUUAGUUAGCUGUAUUGGUGAAUGAAGCCAUACUUUGGGAGUGUAGUCACUAAUUGCUGUAUUCAGUACAUAGAGGUUCCUCAAUGAGUAGUCACUGAUUGCUGUAUUCAGUACAUAGAGGGUCCUCAGUUAGUGGUCACUGAUUGCUGUAUUCAGUACGUAGAGGUUCCUCAAUGAGUAGUCACUAAUUGCUGUAUUCAGUACAUAGAGGAUCCUCAAUGAGUGGUCACUGAUUGCUGUAUUCAGUACAAAGAGGUUCCUCAAUGAGUAGUCACUAAUUGCUGUAUUCAGUACAUAGAGGAUCCUCAAUGAGUGGUCACUGAUUGCUGUAUUUAGUACAUAGAGGUUCCUCAAUGAGUGGUCACUGAUUGCUGUGUUCAGUACAUAGAGGUUCCUCAAUGAGUGGUCGCUGAUUGCUGUAUUCAGUACAUAGAGGUUCCUCAAUGAGUAGUCACUAAUUGCUGUAUUCAGUACAUAGAGGAUCCUCAAUGAGUGGUCACUGAUUGCUGUAUUCAGUACAAAGAGGUUCCUCAAUGAGUGGUCACUGAUUGCUGUGUUCAGUACAUAGAGGUUCCUCAAUGAGUGGUCGCUGAUUGCUGUAUUCAGUACAUAGAGGUUCCUCAAUGAGUAGUCACUAAUUGCUGUAUUCAGUACAUAGAGGUUCCUCAAUGAGUAGUCACUAAUUGCUGUAUUCAGUACAUAGAGGAUCCUCAAUGAGUGGUCACUGAUUGCUGUAUUCAGUACAAAGAGGUUCCUCAAUGAGUAGUCACUAAUUGCUGUAUUCAGUACAUAGAGGUUCCUCAAUGAGUAGUCACUAAUUGCUGUAUUCAGUACAUAGAGGAUCCUCAAUGAGUGGUCACUGAUUGCUGUAUUCAGUACAAAGAGGUUCCUCAAUGAGUAGUCACUAAUUGCUGUAUUCAGUACAUAGAGGAUCCUCAAUGAGUGGUCACUGAUUGCUGUAUUCAGUAUAUAGAGGUUCCUCAAUGAGUGGUCACUGAUGGUUGGUUAUCAUGUUUAUCUCACUCAGGUUAGCUAAUUUUCAAAUUGUAUAAAGACACAAUAACGUUUAUAUUAUGUCUUUAAAACCACGUUUCCCUAGAAAUACAUUAUGUCCUAUGUCUGUUUCCAAAGGAGAACCCCCAGAUAGGUCUCUGGAUCCGCCAAACAAAGCAAUGUUAUAUGACGUCACGAUUAAAAGAUGACCAAUGAAA